UCAUCGCACGGUGGCGCGCCAAUGAAUACACUGGCACUAAGUACGAGUAUAUCAGUUAUUUGCUGGUUUAUGUUUGGAAAAUCCGAUAGUUUGUUUGCCAGCUGUUUCAGCGCGCAUCUUUAAUUGGGGCGAUAAAGAAUUAAGCCUUAAGCUAACACAUCCACGGCUUAUGUGUGGAACCCCCCAAGGUGUGUUAUAAAAGAAAGGUAGUUGGUAAUAGAUUAUAAGGCUCGUGUGAAUCGUUGCGAUAGCAGAAUAGAAUGAGUUCGCAAGGUAAAACCAGCCUCGGAAGCUGUGAUAGUGAUGAGAAGAAAUAUGAGCUGGUGCCUCCUGAAGGCGGAUGGGGGUAUGUGGUGUGCGUCGGACUGUCCGUUAUAUUUAUUGCUGGCACUGCACAUCAGCCCGUAUUUGGAUUUAUUUACAACGAUUUUCUGGAUGAACUAGGCGUCGGUACUGGAGCAGUGACAGUGGUUUACGGAGUAUUUCAAGUAACCCUUGCUAUAGCUGGUUUCUCGUCGAACAUAGUUUUAAAAAAACUUUCGCUCAGACAAGUUGGCCUGAUUGGCGCAUUUAUAUAUACGUUGGCAUCAUUUCUUGCUAUAUUUGUGACAUCCACAACACAACUAAUCGUUACUAAUGGAUUCUUACAAGGUCUGGGAAUGGGAUUACUCAUUCCCGUAUCCUACACAAGUUUUAAUAGUUACUUUACAAGGAAAAAAGUUCUUUAUUUAAGUUUGUGUAAAGCAUCAAUUGGAAUGAUAACAAUGGUGUAUCCAUUGUUCAUCAAGUACACUAUAACAGAAUAUGGAUUCCGUGGAACUUUAGCAAUUAUCUGUGCUAUCUCUGCACAUAGUAUAUUUGGUGCUCUGGUAAUGCAUCCUGUGCAAUGGCACAUGGUUAAACGAGUGAAGUCAUGUGAAAAGAUUGUACUUAUCCCACCUACGCCUGCAUCAGACGAAGACCAUGACAAGUUUGACUUCUUAAAAAGCAAUAUAACAAAGCAAGAAACGAAAUCAGUUCAAAAUCUUUAUACAAGAAACUGUACAGACUGCCAUAAAGAAUCUGGUCUAUUAUUUAUACCAAAGCUAACGGAUUCGAGAAGACUGAGCAUUCCUGUCGUUUUAAUACCAAGUGAAAAUACUAAUAGUAAAUUCAAUUCUCAUGAUAAUGUGUAUAUGGAGAAUUUGUAUAAAGCAGCUUCAGUGUCGAGUUUAGGAAACUUUGGAAAUAUCGCUGUGGAACCGAUGCCCAUUAUCAAGAAUAAAGAAGGCAAAUGGCAAACAGUGGCUGAAUAUUUAGAUUUAACGCUACUAAAGGACUUAGUAUACGACAAUAUAAUAUUUGGGAUGGCAUUGACCUUUUUUGCUGACCUUACGUUUUUCACAUUAGAGCCGUUAUUUUUGGACAAAAAUAAUCUCAGUAAGGCGGAGAUAGCGAACAUUAUAGCGGUGGGGGGCGCUACCGACAUGACGGCGAGGCUGCUGCUGGGUGUGUCGGGGCAAUUCUUCCGAAUGAACAGCCGCUACAUGUUCUACGCGGGCGCCCUACUCGCUGCUUUAUUUAGACUAGUCUUCAUCCAAUUCACAACGUACCUGCCCCUGCUUGCACUGACGGGGGUCUUAGGAGCGCUACGAUCGCUCGUCCAUAUAGCACAGCCGAUAGUAAUGGCGGAACAUGUACCCAUUGAGCGGUAUCCACCGGCUUAUGGAUUAUACAUGCUGCUGGCCGGAGCACUUAGCCUUACCGUUGGACCUAUGAUUGGAUUCAUACGAGAUUACACCGGAAGUUAUGCAAUCGCAUUUGUCAUGUUGGCAGUCUGCAACUUCUGCUGCGUUGUACCAUGGACCGUAGAAGCCAUCAUACUUUUUGUGAAACGAAGACAGCUUAGAUUACAGACGUGAUAUAAUAUUUAUGAUAUAGAAAAGAUUCAAAUCAAGACUGUUCAAGACUAUUGACAGAUCUUAGUGCGAGGCGUAAAACUAGACGUAAACUUCAUUGAAGAUAUCCAAAGAUAUGAAAUAUACUUGACACAUAUUUGUGAAGUUAAACUUCUUAAUGCGCAUUAGGGUAGCUAAUUAUAUGAACAUGUUAAGGUUAUUUUAAAAAAACGUGAAGCGCUAAAUUAUGCAUCAUGGAACUUAAAAGUCCUUAAAUAAAGUGCGCUUAAAACGUAAGGUACAUUUUAUGACUGGCAUUAAAGUGUGCUUUAAUUUCAACGCGUAAGCAAGCAUUUUAAAGAAUGUUUGAUGAUAACAAUCGUAUGGGUAUCUAUUCUAAAAGCUCUUUAUCCUAAACUCCUAUUUUAUACACGACCUCACUUAGCCUGCGUGUCGUUUCCAAUUUCAGUUCUUAUAAAGUGCUAAAACUUCGCCAGUUAAAACUUUGCCAGAAGUUUUAUCAUAGAUAGCGACCGCUUUUUUAAAGAAAAAAAAAUGUGCAGCAUAAGUGAUUUGCCUUGGUAAGUUUCCACUCGCAAGAACUUUGCGGUGAGUGUCUUUAUUUUCCAAACGAACCUUACCGAUAUAAAUGGCAAAGUAGCGUGGAAAAGAAAUUAUGGUAAUGAAUAAAUAAGAAAUGAUGAAUAAAUUAAGAUAUAAUUGAAGUAAAUAUUGAUGUAGAUUAAUACCGUAAUAUUAAACUUAUAUCAGCAAAUGUGUGCGAGAAAACGUAGCGUUGGAUUAAUGUGAUAUAUCCCUAUUUCACUCCAAUUAUAGCUAAGCUAUUUAAGCCAAUCAAUUUUGUCCUCGUUGUACACUUAAUUUAAAGUCACUUAUUUUGCAAAAAUUACAGACUUUAAAACA